AUGGAAUACCUGAAUUUAUACGAAGAUUUUCUCUUGAAGAAUGCCUCUCAAAUCACCAGCAUCGAAUCAUCCCUGAGAUCCCUUACAUACAUUUUGCCUGGUAGAUUCCAUGAUGCUGAAUUAGCUUCUCAAGCACUGUAUGCUGCUCUAAAUCUCAUAGGCUUGUAUCACAACUCGAUCUUGAGACGAGCCGCUCAAGCACACGCUGAAGAGAACAAGACUGGCCCUGUUGAAGAAUCGACAUUUAACAAAUAUCUCAAAUUUUGGUCCUCCAAGUCAAAGCUGAAUGCUACAGCUUCAACUGCGUUAUCUGUGAUUUCUUAUACCCAAGUUUUGAUGGAAAUGGCAGUGCUUAAGAAGCUGGGCAAAAAGAAGCAAUGGCAAUUAAUCGCUUCUUUGGAAGCCAUCAAAGUGAUGUUGAGACUGACAUUGUUCCAAACAACUGGACAACGCAUGACACUCUAUCCAACUCACUUACAAAGAGAUGUCGAUCCAGCAACCCUCGUUUCAGCUGGUUUGACUAGCAACAUAUCCAGCAAAGAUGAUGGAUGGGUUGGACAAAGAACAGGUGUUACAGUGCCUUCUUUAUCAAGCUCAAUUGAUCUUAAUAAUGGACUUAGAAACAAGAAUGCACACACCGACGUAACAGAAUAUCUACUAUCCAAGGUAUUGACGCCCGAGAAAUUGCGUAAACCCGAGCAGAUGGUUCAAGUCCAAAAGAACAUUUCAAAAUUGGGCGAAUUACUCUAUAUUUUAAGACCUCUGGUCUAUGUAUUGUCAAUUUUGCGUUGGGGCAAAAAGUCAUGGAGACCAUGGUUUAUUUCAUUUUUGGUGGAGCUUGUCUCUCAGAUUGCAGUUAGAAAGGGCUACGAAUCAGCAAAUAAGGGCCGCAACCACAUGAUGACAUUGGAGAAGCAGGAAUUCAACAGAAGAUUAAAAGCAAUGGUUCUGAAUGUGAUGAGAGGUGCAUUUUACCUCAAGAUCACUCGUCCACGCUUGGAGAGAUUCUGCAAUCAUACCGAAUCAAAGCCCAUUAUAUCCAUGGCAGCAGGUGUUCUUCGCGAUUACUUGCCUCUCUGGGAACAGAUUUACUUUUACACUUCAGCUUCCUAG